AUGAGUCGGGAAAAUAUCCCCGGCCCGGAUGCGGCCCUGCGAUUAAAGGAUUACUCCAAUGGCUCGACAGCGCAAUCCGCGCCGGCUACCCGGGCCGCUCAGCAUCCUUCCGGUAAGGCCGGGCAUGGCGUGGUUGUCAAGUUUCUGCGCGGCCUUGCCUUUGCCGUGUACUUUUGGUCCUGCUGCUUCGUCAUCGCAAUCACCCAGCUGGUUGGCGCACCCCUCUACUUUGUCAACAAGGACAUGUUUUACGCCUACAUGGCCAUGACCAAACGGUCCUUUGCCCUCGUCAUUAUUGUUAUGACCAGGAUCUGGGGGCGGACUACCAUUCGUGUCAGCGGCGACGAGUCUGUGGCUGGUCAGAUCAAGACGAUGCCAGACGGCACUGUUCAGUUUGACUUUCCUGAGCGCAUGGUCAUGAUUGCAAAUCAUCAGAUUUAUACAGACUGGCUAUAUCUUUGGUGGGUUGGGUACGCCAAUCGUGUUGCCAUGCAUGGCCACAUCUACAUCAUCCUCAAAGACUCUCUUCGCUGGAUCCCUAUCAUGGGAACUGGCAUGAUGUUUUUUGGUUUCAUAUUUAUGUCGCGCAAGAUGGCAACGGAUCGCCCGCGUCUCGCGCACCGCCUGCAGAAGCUCUGUCAGCUAAAGACGGCUCCCAACGGAAACAAAUAUUACGACCCAAUGUGGCUCCUCCUUUUCCCCGAAGGUACUAACCUAUCCUCUAAUGGAAGACGCAAAUCCUCGAAUUGGGCGGCCAAAAAUGAUCUCAAAGAUCCGGAACACGUCAUGCUACCCCGAAGCACAGGCACAUUCUUUUGUCUCAACGAGCUCAAAGGCUCGGUAGAAUAUGUCUAUGACUGCACAGUGGCCUAUGAAGGUAUCAAACGUGGUCAAUAUGGAGAAGAAUUCUUUACGCUAAGCGGCACCUAUUUUGCUGGCCGCCCUCCCAAGUCUGUCAACUUUCACUGGAGAAGAUUCCGCUUGGACGAUAUCCCUCUCGAUGACCCAAAAGAGUUUGAGGUGUGGUUGCGAAACGAAUGGUACAAGAAGGACGAGCUCAUGGAGAUUUACUUGAAAGAAGGUCGCUUCCCGUCCAUAACUGACUCGACGACUCCGUAUGUCGAGACAGAGGUCAGAACUCGGUCUCCUUUUGAGAUUUUCCAAAUUUUCUCUGUUGUUGGUAUUAUUUGGCUGAUGUGGAACAAUGUCCGAAAGCUCUACGCCGUUCUCACCCAAAUGUUUGAGUAA